GUGUUGAGACUUGAAAAAAAAGUGAAAACUCGACCUGAAUUUUGUUUUGUUGUUUAUUCGUUUUCACGAUUUUCCUUAAAAUUAAAUUAAAUUAAACCACAAUUUGAAUUAAAAUAAUGGCUUCCAAACGCAAAGCCCAAGAUGACAUCGAAAUUAUUUCAAACAAAAAACACACCCUCGAUUCUGAUGAAGAAGAUGACAAAGAUGAUGAGGAUGUUAUGAAUGAAAGCGAUAUUGAAGGUGAAGAAGAUGGUAUAGCUGGAGUCGAAGAUGAAGUCAAAAUCACUCCCUUCAACAUGAAAGAAGAACUAGAAGAAGGUUACUUCGAUAAAUCUGGUCACUAUCACUGGAAACGAGAAAAUCAAAUUCAAGACAAUUGGCUGGACAAUAUAGAUUGGUUGAAAAUAAAGUCCAAAAAAGAAGCUUCAACAUCGGCCGAAGAUGACAAAUCCAAAUUGGAAGUCUUUAAUAGCAGAGAAGCUUACGCAAAGAUCUUGGAAAUGAUGGAACCAAAUGAGACAAUUACUAAAACACUUCAGCGAUUUGGAAAGAAUAAAGCAAAACUCUCGACACUUGAACGUUUGCGAAGGAAAAAGGAGGGAAUCGUUGAUGAAGCUUCGGAGAGUAUAACUAAACUCUCUGAGUUAGCACAUGAGAUUUUAGUUAAUACCGGAAACAUGGGCAUUUAUGAAGAACCAUACGAAAAGAUCAAGAGUCGCUGCGGGACAGGAGCGAGCACAAGCAAAGCAGCGAGUGAUCCGUUAGAUAUGUACGCUGAUGAUUUUGAUGAUAAGGAAAAGAAUCGUGUUAAAGAGGAACAAACGGCUGUACCUGAUGUUGAAGAGACAACCUGGGAAUACAAAUGGAAAGAAUCGGACACAGAAGUUCAUGGGCCCUUUUCGACACAGCAAAUGCAAGCUUGGGUCGAUGAAAAGUAUUUCAAGAAACCAAUAUUGGUUCGGAAGUACGGAACUGGCGAAGGAUUUUAUUCGAGUAGUAGGAUUGAUUUUGAAUUGUAUCUUUAGAGUUAAGGAAAUGCAUUAAAAUUGUAAAAAA